CUUACUCUCCAACGCCUUCUUCGCUUUCUCAACGAUUUUCUCGUUGUUCUUCCACCAAAAACUUUAUAAAAUAUAAACUUUGUAAGAUUUUUAAAAUCUCACCAAAAACGAUGAUUUUGAAAUAUUUAUAGUACUCACUAACAGCUCCGUCUGCUAAUCAAACAGUUAUUUCUCUGACUGGAAAGAGAUUAUUUGAUUUAUUUCAAACCAACUCAACUCUUUCCGUUUGUUUUCAUUCUUCUUGUUUUCUCAAAGACGAUGGUCUUUUAUUACACCAGCACCGUUGUAUCUCCAAGCUACCAGAUUUACAUGGGUUUAGACAAGUAUGAGAAUGAGGAUCUUAUCAAAUGGGGAUUUCCAGAAGAUGUAUGGUUUCAUGUUGAUAAAGUUUCCUCUGCGCAUGUCUACCUACGUCUACACAAGGGAGACUCAAUAGACGACAUCCCACAGACUGUGAUUGAUGACUGUGCUCAGUUAGUCAAAGCAAACAGCAUCCAAGGCAACAAAAUGAACAAUGUAGAUGUAGUUUAUACAAUGUGGAGUAACCUGAAGAAAACACCAAGUAUGGAUGUGGGGCAGGUUGGAUUUAAUUCAGAAAAAGAGGUUCACAGAGUGCAUGUCGAAAAGAGACAGAAUAGUAUCGUGAACCGGUUACUAAAGACCAAGGAGGAAAGAUCACCUGACCUUCGAGCUGAACGAGAGCAGCGAGACAGAGAGGAGCAAGCUGAGAAGCGGAAGCAGAUGCUCCUGGAGAAACAGCGAGAGAAGGAGGAGAUCAGACGACGGAAAGAACAAGAAGAGCUAAGGUCUUAUGCAUCUCUGAUGAAACCAGAAAACAUGACAUCAAAUUUCGACUCUGGCAAUGACUCUGAUGAUUUCAUGUGAUCUCCAGCUUCUUUUUCAAAUGAUAUCAACAAAUAUUUGAUGGGUAAACAACCACUUGUUUCAUUUUGGGAAUUCUCACUUGCCAUCUUCCCAAUCUAGACCCUCUCAAACCUCUUUGCUAUAUUACAUUCCACUUUGAAGAAGCACCAAACACCCAGCAUACUUUGGAAUUUGAUUUCUGUAGCUAUAUAUAUAUAUAUAUAUAUAUAUAUAUAUAUAUAUAUAUAUAUAUGUAUAUAUGUAUGU